UGAUGAUGGCACGCUAGCACUUACAUACCACGAAGAAGAUCGCGGCAAAGUAUUGAAAAUUUUGGAAGAAAUAGCGAUAGCGUGCGAAAUAAUGUACACUCGUGAGGGGCAAUUCCUGGCACCCCAGAAGUGCGAGUUCACGUCGUCAGAUAGAGAGGAAGAGAGGAGGAAAGAA